GAUCUCGGAGCGAAAAGAGCCGAAUACAUCCCCAUGCCAGCGCGACAAUUAUGGCGUCCGAGCCUGUCAAUGCCCACGCCGGCAUGAAGCGAUCGCGCUCACCUUCGAAGAAUGCACAUGCGAACAAGAAGCGCAGAGUAGUCCACUCUCUUCACCAUGCGCAAGAUCGGCCGGUAGGCAUCGAACUGGCACCUCAGGAUCCGCUGUUCGCCCAAGGACAGCUUCUCAAGAGCAUAGGGACAGCCUUAGUACUGGCAGGUUUUGAUGGAGUAAAGGCGACCGCGUUGGAGAUGUUUCGAGCGCAGGUGGAGGAAUUCAUGCUCAGCUUCUUGGAACAGACCAGCGCAUCGAUGCAGAAUGGGAGACGGACGAAACCGACAGCGCUGGAUUUCGCGAGGGCCCUUGCCAGCACGAGACCUACACACACAGCUUCACUUCUUGAGCCUCAACUGGAGCUUUCCAUUCCUGCCGAUAUAUCUUGCCCAGUCAUACCUGACCCGGAUCCUGCUCCAAUAUCGCCUCCGGACUUCUUCCACUUGCUCCGACCCCUCAUCACCGAUAGACCGCCAUCCUACAUACCGAGCCAUUUUCCGACUUUGCCUCCCCAACAUGCCUGGAAGCAAACGGCAGUGUUUCCGGAACGCGAGAAAGAUGCGAGGAAGAUGCGCGAGAAGGCUACAGAGGAAGGCAUGCUCGCAGAGAACGCGCUUAGAAGGCUCGCUGCUGCUGCGAAGACUGGCGCCAUGAACGCAGAGAGAAAGAGGCACGAUGCCCUUAGCGGUGUUGGAAAGCUUCGCGACGGGGCUCGCAAUGGAGCACACCGUGGCAGAGCUGGUGUUGGAGAUGCGGAUGACACGUUCGCGGAAGUUCUGGAUGA